AAUCCCGGGCACGGAAGGGUUACAGAUAUCGCGCUAUUGUCGUCCGUUAUCAAAAGAAGUGAAGGUGGAAGACUGAAUGGACCGCGAUAUGCAGCCAGGGAGAAGAACAUUCUCUCGAAUUUUUUAAGUUUGAGCGGAAAGGCGAUGUGUUUUGUUAUGUCAUGGACUGUUAUUGCCCUGGGAGUCCAAAGAAGUGGAUGGAUUCCUGGGCGAAUCAGCGGCAAUGUCAACGGGACUGACUGAGCUCGAGGAAGCAUCGUUGCACGUCUUGCACCAUUGCUCAAGCAGCAUUAACCGCGAAAUGAACAUUCUGGUAUAUUGUGAACAUUUAAUGCUGUAGGUGUAACUUAUUUUAGACACCGCCAAAGAAUUGGUGCAGUAGACUAUAUUGCAAGUGAAGUCUCUAAAGAAAUGUUGGUGGUGCACAAAGAUGCUCUAAAAACAACGGGAAGAAGUGAAGGUGACAGUCGACUAUCAACAUGGGGAUUUAUGAAUCAUUGACUUAAACAUUUAAUUAACCUAUAGGCAUUAGCGGAAUAACUUUAUUUUGGAGAAGUAAAAGCCGGAAGACCCUGCUUGUUUCAGAUGCUACGGGACAUCCUGGCAUUUGGUGGUUUUCAAGCGGUUCCUCAACGUGACACGGCACGCGCACUGUGCGCUUUGGCUCAAAGCGAGCAACGCCGCCGUCUCGGCUGUGUUGUUUGAGUGAGAACCGGACGCCAGUGGAUGCCGCAGAGUUGUUUGGGUCGAAACCGAAACAAGUGAAGGGUCAGGGGGCUGUUUUUGGGAAUUCCCCAUCCGACUGCGCCUUAUUACACCAUGGAUGACUCGGGGAUAAUUCGGCGUCGGAGGCUGCAGGAUCUGCCACUGCCCCGCAAGAACAGCAGUUGUCGUACCAGUAACAGGAAGAGUCUGAUCCUGUCCACCACCUCCCCCACUCUGCCCCACCGCCCACACUCUCCUCUGCCCCUCACUGGACACCUCGGAAGUAGCCCUCUGGACAGCCCACGCAACUUCUCUUCCAGCACCCCGGCACACUUCUCAUUCGCUUCCUCCAGAAGGGCGGAUGGUCGCCGAUGGUCCCUGGCAUCUCUGCCCUCCUCUGGAUAUGGCACCAACACGCCCAGCUCCACGUCCUCCAGCUCGUCUCAGGAGCGGCUGCACCAGCUGCCCUUCCAGCCCACCAUGGACGAGUUGCACUUCCUGUCCAAGCACUUUGGCAGCACGGAGAGCAUCACCGACGAUGAUGGGGGCCGCUGCUCACCACACAUGCGACCGCGCUCCCGCAGCCUCAGUCCUGGACGCUCCCCCUCCUGCUAUGACAAUGAGAUCGUCAUGAUGAACCAUGUAUACAAGGAGCGCUUCCCCAAAGCCACGGCUCAGAUGGAGGAGCAUCUAGCAGAGUUCAUCAAUGCCUUCUCCCCUGAGAGCGUGCUGCCGCUGGCCGACGGAGUCAUCAGCUUCAUUCACCAUCAGAUAGCAGAGCUGUCCAGGGACUGCCUGUCCAAAGCUCGCGAGGGCCUCAUCACUACUGUCUACUUCUUUGAGCUGCAGGAGAACCUGGAGAAGCUGCUCAAUGACGCGUAUGAGCGAUCAGAGAGCUCAGAGGUGGCCUUCGUCACAGAGCUGGUGAAGAAACUCCUCAUCAUCAUCUCUCGCCCAGCAAGGCUGCUGGAGUGCUUGGAGUUUAAUCCAGAGGAGUUCUACCACCUGCUGGAGGCAGCAGAGGACCACGCCAAGGAGGGACACCUGAUGAAGACGGACAUCCCUCGCUACAUUAUCAGCCAGCUGGGACUGACACGAGACCCUAUAGAGGAAAUGGUGAACCUAGACAGCUACGACAGUGAGGGACCUCUCACCCCAGAAACAGACGACUCAACAGAGGGCAAGAUGAGAGCUAUGAAGACGCCCGAAGAGGCUGACUUCCAGACCAUAAAGCUGAUCAGCAAUGGAGCUUAUGGGGCUGUUUACCUGGUCCGUCACCUGGAGACCCGUCAGCGUUUCGCCAUGAAGAAGAUCAACAAGCAGAACCUGAUACUGAGGAACCAGAUACAGCAGGCCUUUGUAGAGAGAGACAUCCUGACCUUCGCUGAGAACCCAUUCGUGGUCUCCAUGUUCUGCUCCUUUGAGACCCGCAGGCACCUCUGUAUGGUCAUGGAGUAUGUGGAGGGGGGAGACUGUGCCACCCUGCUGAAAAACAUCGGGGCAUUGCCUGUGGAGAUGGCUCGCAUGUACUUUGCCGAGACCGUCCUGGCACUGGAGUACAUCCACAACUAUGGCAUCGUGCACCGCGACCUCAAACCAGACAAUCUUCUGAUCACUUCCAUGGGGCACAUCAAGCUGACUGACUUCGGCCUGUCUAAGAUGGGUCUGAUGAGCCUCACCACUAACCUGUACGAGGGACACAUUGAGAAGGACACCAGAGAGUUCCUGGACAAACAGGUGUGUGGCACGCCAGAGUACAUCGCCCCGGAGGUGAUCCUGAGACAGGGCUAUGGGAAGCCAGUAGACUGGUGGGCUAUGGGCAUCAUCCUCUAUGAGUUCCUGGUGGGCUGUGUGCCGUUCUUUGGAGACACGCCUGAGGAGCUCUUUGGACAGGUCAUCACAGAUGACAUAGUGUGGCCAGAAGGUGAGGAUGCUCUUCCUGCCGAUGCCCAACAUCUGAUCUCUACUCUGCUUCAGACUAACCCACUGGUCCGACUGGGCACAGGCGGUGCAUUUGAGGUGAAGCAGCACUCGUUCUUCACUGAACUGGACUGGAACAGUCUGCUGAGACAGAAGGCUGAGUUCAUCCCCCACCUAGAGUCAGAGGAGGACACCAGCUACUUCGACACCCGCUCGGACCGCUACCACCACGUCCACUCUUAUGAUGAGGACGACACCAAUGAUGAUGAACCUGUCGAAAUCCGUCGUUUCUCCUCCUGCUCCCCUCGCUUCAGCAAGGUGUACAGCAGCAUGGAGCACCUGUCCCAGCUAGAGCACAAGCCCUCGACGGUGACCCGGCGGGAGCACAAGGGCCCCAGGGAGGACCGGGCAGCCAAGAGAGAGAGCCUGGGCAGCCUGACCUUGAGAGAUAAGAGCUGGAGGACAGGAUCACCGGAGAUGAAGCGACUGUCAUGCUCAGAGUCCUCCUUCACUGAGAGUGACUCCAGUCCUCCAUCUGGGGCCCGGCGACGCUUUUCUGCACUCAUGGACACUCACCGCUUCGCCUCCCCACUAGAGGCCGAUCCUGAGCUGCCCGUGCCCACCAGACAGCCCCCAGUCAAGGCCAGGGGCACAUCUUUGGAGGGGGCCAUGGGCACCACAUCCAUGGGCACCACAUCCAGCCAGGGGGAUUUUAGGAAGGAAAAGGAGGGCAAUGGUUUGACUGCUGGAGACAAGCUGCUGAGGCCAGCUGAUGUACUAAUGGGAGUCAUCCCCAGCCCCAGCAGUACUGUGACUGCUGGGGCCACAGAGCCCCAGGGGUCCCGGGCCACCAACGAACUGGUCCUGAGGAGGGUCCGCCACAGCCAGCUCUCAGCUGAGGGAGAGAAACGCAACUCGCGACCUGUGACCAAGGUCAUCAAGUCUGCCUCCACCACAGCCCUGUCUGUCAUCAUACCUACAGUGGAGCAGCAUGGUACGUCCCCCCUGGCCAGCCCCAUGUCUCCUCGAUCCAUCUCCUCCGACCUGUCGUCUCGUGACUCCUCCCCCAGCCGAGACUACUCGCCCACGGUCAACGUGCUGCGUUCUCCCAUCACCAUCCACCGCUCUGGGAAGAAGUACGGUUUCACCCUCCGAGCCAUUCGAGUCUACAUGGGAGACAGUGAUGUCUACAGCGUACACCACAUGGUCUGGCAUGUGGAGGACGGAGGCCCUGCCCAGGAGGCGGGACUUUGCGCUGGGGACCUCAUCACUCAUGUGAACGGGGAGUCUGUCCACGGGCUGGUGCACACUGAGGUGGUGGAGCUCAUUCUGAAGAGUGGAAACAAUGUGACGGUGACCACCACGCCCUUUGAAAACACCUCCAUCAAGAUUGGUCCUGCCCGCAAGUCCAGCUACAAGUCCAAGAUGGCACGGCGCAACAAGAAGACAGAGGCUAAGGAGGGACAAGAAAGUAAGAAGCGCAGCUCGUUGUUCAGGAAAAUCACUAAGCAGUCGAACCUGCUCCACACCAGCCGCAGCCUGUCCUCUCUGAACCGCUCUCUGUCAUCAGGGGACAGCCUCCCAGGCUCCCCCACCCACAACCUCUCUUCCCGCUCCCCCACACAGAGCUACCGCUCCACCCCCGACUCCACCUACCUGGGCAACACUUCUCAGAGCAGCUCUCCAGUCUCCAGCACCCCUAACUCCCCGGCUGCCUCCCAGCACAUGAGACCCAGCUCCCUGCACGGCCUCUCCCCCAAGCUGCACCGCCAGUACCGCUCAGCCCGCUGCAAGUCAGCUGGCAACAUCCCCCUAUCCCCCCUGGCCCACACACCCUCCCCCACCACCUCCUCUCCCCCACCCCUAUCUGGCCACACAGUGGGUAGCUCCAACACCACUCAGGCCUUCCCAGCAAAGCUCCACUCCUCUCCCCCUGUGGCCCGUCCCAGGCCCAAAAGCGCAGAGCCCCCCCGCUCACCCUUGCUACAGCGGGUUCAGUCGUCAGAGAAACUGGGCGCGACACUCCUGACCUCCUUUUCAUCUUCGUCGUCAGCUUCCUCACCCCUUGCAGGGGGGGUGUCAAUGCGUAAGCACAGCCUGGAGGUGUCACAUGGGGACUACAGGAGGGAGUCUUACCACUGCGAGCACAGCCUGCAGAGUCUGUUGGAGAUGGAGGGAGAGAACGGGCCCAUUCCCCCCUCUCCCUCGUCUUCCUCCUCCCCCUCUCCCCCCACGGUUGGAGAGACAGGGUGCCUGAAGCCUGCGAGGAGGCUGGGGAGACAGGAGUCGCCCCUGAGCCGGGACACACUGCUGACAGGGAGGGAGAGAGCUGCCCAGACUACAGCAUCUGACCCUCACACUGACAGCACACCUGUUAAAGUAGAGCCCAAGACCAGCGCUGGUGAGACAGCUCAGACAUUAACCCCUUGCGAGGCUCUGAAGAGAAAAGCUUCCCCAGUACCAGGUGAGGCCCAGCCUAGCCCAGCCUCAACCCCCUCCACUCCAGGGGCCAAGUCCAGCCCAGCAGACAAACCUCUAAGCUUUAGUUCUCCAAGCUCUGAGACAGCCAGUGGAGGCCCUAAACUCACUGACAGGGCCCCAGUCCAGGCUACAUCCCAGAGUCCGCUCUCCCAGGAGCGUAAGCACCAGGCUGUCCAGACAGACACCACCCCAGCAAGCAGAAGCCAGGAGAAGAGUGAGAAGAAAGGGAGUGUGGGCCCAGACAAAGUCACUACACAGAGGGCGGGAGCUACAGAGUUGGCUAAGGCAAGUAAAGACACACAGAUGGGAGAGAGCACUUUGAAAGGAGGGAUGGGUGGCAUUGACAAAGCCACUGAGACCAAGGUUAAAGGACCUGCUCCUUCAGUCCCAACCCAAGCACCAGCCCCAACCUCGGCCCCAUCCCCUCUUACCAUAGGCCCAGUUCCUGCUUCAACAAAAUCCAGAGCAGACAAGGUUUCUGUCCCGUUGAGCAGCUACCGAGGGGCAAAGGAGGAGAGGAGUCACCUGGAGGUGGUGGAGGAGAACCCUAUGUCCCCCUCCUCCACCGCUGCCUCCCCCUGCUCCAGCAAGUCAUGCCCCGUCUCCCCUGGUGACAAGCCAAGCUUUGUGACUCAGCUGACCAGUGUGGCCAAAAACGUGCUGGGGCCUAUGAAGAUGGGAUCCCAGGAAGGGCCCAAGGGCGGUGAGGAGAAACGGGGAAGUUUAGCAGGAAAGUCUGAGGCUCCGUCUGGAGGUAGUCAACGGGGGGCUCAGGGGACAUCUCCAGGUCCUACCGGCUCAGCUCAGCCUGAAAAGGCAAACACGAGGAAUUCAGUACCUGGAAAAAAGAUUGAGAGAAGAAUUGUUGCAUUGGUGUAACAUGCAUUGGUGUAACACAUUGAGAUGUGUUCCUAACUGGACUAAGAAGAUGACCUGCUUGCUAAAUGUGGAACUUGGAAUUGUAUUGUGUAAAGGAGAGCUGAAUGAAUUUGUUUGAGUGUUUUAAGGGCUGAGUCCUGGUUGGAUUUAGGUGGACUAUCUGAACUUGCACAGGGACACUAUGCAAUGGGCUUUUUAAGUAUUUUCCUGUGUCCCCAACAAUGUACCCAUGAACGGAUGUUAGGGAGGUAAAGGUUUGCAAUAAGCCAAGCAAGCAGAUAUAUUGUUCUACGAAUUGUCUGCAUUGACUCAACCCACUGGGCACACACUGGUUGAAGUCAAUGUUGUUUCCACGUUGAACCAACAUGGAAUAGACAUUGAAUUGACAUCUGUGCCCAGUGGGCAUUGUGAAAUGUGCAAUUAUUUAGGUUCUGAAAUUAAUACAGUGCUAAUGAAUUGAACUAAAGAAGAGGAACCCAUAUAUUAAGUGUGGUCAGGUGAUGAAAUUGAUACUAUAGAAUGGGAGUCUUGUUUGAGACUUACUCGUACUCUGGCAACGUAGGCUAGAACUCUCUCCCUUUUCAAUGUAUGCAAAAUUAGCGUUGUAUAAUGUAAUGUGCGACUAAAAGUGCCAGUUUAUUUAAGGGAUAUGUUGUUUACAGUGAUGUGUAAUGAUAUGCAAGUUCUAUGUAGAAUUCCUAGUGAGAUCUGAGAGCCCACCUUAGACCUAGGCAGCACUCUCAUCAGUGACAUAACUUAAUAUGUUCAUGCCCAUACCUGUAUCAGACUGCCAUCUUGUGGUCAUCACACGACUGUUCUGAACAUAGUAUUUGAGGUAAAAAUGUAAUUUACACAUAAUCAAUUCACAAUUUAAUGACACAAGAUUAGAUUUUAUCCGAGAUAUUACCCUCAUAUCUUCAUGAUUUUCUAUUGUAACCACUGUUCCAUUCAUAUAGCUACUAGAAACUUGUUUGUCUAAAUACAAUUUGAAAAAACUUUUGUUGUGUGUAUUAUGACCGAUAAAGAGAGAUGUAUGAUACUGAUACUGUGCUCCUAGGAGACGACAAACAGCUCAUAUUUAGAUGAAUGCUAGUUAAAAGCUUGUGUUUGUGUAUGUGGGGGUGUGCGUGGAAAUUGCACUUUAUUUUGUGUCAUAUGUAUUUAUUUAUCUAUUUAUUACACUUUAUUUAUUGUAUUUGAUUAUUUGUCAAUUGCUCUCAAACGGUUUACUUGUGCAUUGUUCUUUGAAUUGUUAUUUAUAUCUCUAAAUUGUAAGUCUACAAAUGAGAUAAUUUACCAAAUCUGUGUGGUUGUCCUAUUUUGUGCAGUUAUACUUCUGUCAUUCCAUAAGAGAGUUGCAAUACACCAUGGCCUCUGUCCAUGUUGACUUAUUUGUGAGUUUUGACUUUUUUAUGACACUUCUCUCAGUUCAUUGUUGUCCAUGUCAUUUUAUUCCCUAGGCACUGUUAUGAAACCAAUGCAAAAAAAAGCCUAUAGAGUAAUAAAAUCCUUCAAGAGAAUCCUUAAAUUA